UAUUUUCUCAAGAUCAAUAAAUUAUGAGAAGUUCAUGUAAAAGACAAAUCAAAUACGCUUAGAAGUGUCUGUGUCAUUGUCGGAGACGAAUGUACGCGUCCAAGGUAUCUUUAUUAAAAUAUGUAGGUAAACUUAAAAUUGUUUGGCAUGUCUAAAGACGUACUAAAUAAGUAUGGAACAGAUAGUCAAAAGUCUAAACAUUUGUCAAAUAACCGCGUAGAUAGUCAAGAUGAUAAAAAACUAUUGUCAAAAAAAGGAUGGUUACAAAAAGAUUCCAAUUUCAAUAAAACCGAAACAGAUAGCAAUUGCAGUACAGAAGUGAUUUCUCGUUCUAUUAAUAAGCUUUUAAAAAAUGAAAAAAAAUCUAGACCCACAGCGAACCCGACUAAAGUAUGUUUAAAACCAGAAGUUUUACAUGAAUCUAAAGAACAGUUUGCACAAAGAAUAAAACAGGCAUGGAUCGAUCGGGAACAGUCGAAAUCAUGUAUUAAUAUUUAUUUGGCUAGAAAUGUUAUCGAAGACCCUUUGAUGGAAUCCAUAGAGCAUGCACAAGAGUCUUCAAUACAAGUAGAAGAAAGAGACUCUAGUAGAACCGCGUUAGAAGUGCAACUUCAGAACCAUGCGGGAGAAGGUGAAAAUUCACCAGAAGACUCUAGUGAGGAGGAAAAACCUCUUUCGGCUGCCGCGAGAAGAGUUAGGUUUUACAAGACUGCGAAACAACAGCAGAAUGAAAGACAAACUUUGACCAGAGCAAUGUCGGCGCCUUCGUCGAGGCAACAAAUCGUAAACUCUUCUCAAGGAAUUUAUUCAGCAAGUUCACGAAGAAAAUCCCAAGAUAUUCAUAAAUUUCCGACCAGGAAAUUAAAGUCUUGUAGAAGUAAAGCUUUCCAUAAAAGCAUUGAUGUGGAUAAUCGUUUGCCAAAUGGUCAAAAGUUUGGUAAAAAGAAUCAAAAUGUCGAAGUAGUAACGAUGAUGUCACUUUUAAGCCCAGUUGGAAGCGAUGUAGAGGAAUCGUUAGCACCCGAUGACGUAUCCACAAAAACUGUUACAUUUCCUCAGUUCAAUAACAGUAUGCGUUAUCAUCAAAAAUCAUUUGAUAGCGCAAUGACAUCGAUUGGAAAACCAAAACUUCUUAACAAUCGUGUUGGAAAAUCAUUAAUUAAAUCAAAAACAAUGGAGAUAUCAAGGGAUGAUGAAGACGAUGGGCCGAUUGUAAAAGAGGUUGUAAUCUCCAAAGUUAGUGACGACGGUGACGAAAAUGAAACGCUGCAAAACGAAGAAAUCGCCCAGAUCGACGUCCGUUACGACGUACUCGAUGGCCAACCAAUGCUCAAAUCCGACAAAGAGAAAGAAUGUUGGGCUCUUUUCAAGAAAAUGACGGCUAAAGGAGUGUCCGUCACUUUUGAUACCGUAUUGAGAGGAAUGUUAACACCGACUGAAUAUAGACUAAGAAAAAAUGAACUCCUGUUAUUUGGAUAGAAAUACGCAAUAUGUAUACAUUUUACGUAUCACCUACCUAAUACCUAUCUAUAUUAUAUUAAUAUCAUUAAAUGGUUAAAUGCCAUUGCAGUCAUUGCCGACUACGAAGUUCCUAUGCAUAUUAUAUAAUGUUAUUAGCUUUGAUUUACUAGAUUUACCUAUUUACGUCGUCGUUGUAUAGGCUUAUUUAUACUAUUAUGUGGUAAUAACAAUAUUCAUGUAUUACCUAUAGCUAAGUUUAGGGCCUGUUGUACGGGGUAAAAAAAGAGAACGAAAAACGUCACCGUGAAUAUAAUAUUAAUGUAAUAAUUUUUUAAUCAUCUCGUGAAAUACAUAAGAUAAACUUUAAUAGAAAAAAAUGUAAUAAGACGUAUUUAAGUGAUCAUAAGUACGUCCACUGAUCAGUAUUAAUAAACAAGCACUUCUGCGAAGACACUUAAAUUAUAUUUCUAUGUACUUAUGCAUUAUCUGUUAUUACAUAUUAAACUUAUA